UAAGUGAGAUAACGAUAGAGAGAGAGGGGUAGAUAAGACGCACUGAGGAUGUGGAGGUGAAGAAGAAACACAGAAGUGGACCAAACCCUCCUUGGUGCGCCAUGGCGCUGCAUGUGAGCCCCAAAUGGCUCGCCGUCGAGCCCACCCACGGGACUCAGACCCGACCACGCAGCGCGGUGCGGGUCCGGUGCACCGCGCAGUCGUCAUCUGCUCCUGCUACCAGUCCUUCAUAUGAAGAAGGGGAGCUUGAACGGCCACGAUGGGCCGGAGAGACCCCUCUAUCUCGCAUUGUGGCCGCUAUUAUUGAGUUCAAGCCCCUCUACUCCAUCCUCAAGUUCGGAGCCAGGCAGGUCUUUAUCAGCACAGCACAGAAAAAGGAGAUCCCAUGGGUGGAGAUGAGGAAACAAAUCAUGUCUUCCGAUGUUUACAAGGAGAAGGCUGCCGUUGAAGAUCCUUCACUUGUCUAUCCGGAUUCCGUGGCAGUAGUAUCGCCGAACCCCAUGAUGAGGUCUAUGACUCCAUUCUCACUAAAAGAUUAUUUGAAGCCUUUCCAUGCCUAUGAUGAAGGCAAUCUCUCAUGGCUGGCAGCUGCAGAGGCGGAACCUGCAACCAUGUCCAUGGCUUUGAGAGCGAUUCCUGAGGCUUCUUCAGCAGAGGAAGCUAACAGUGUCAUGAGAGGAAAUUGGCUUGAUGCAAUUAAGAGACAUCACCUUCAGUUUGCUAAAGGUUGUGAAAUCAAGGACAUUUUGGAUAUCGGUUGCUCGAUUGGUAUUAGCACAACAUUCCUUGUCGAGAAGUACCCUUCAGCUAAGGUCACGGGCCUUGAUCUGUCUCCUUAUUUCUUAGCCGUGGCACAAUACAAAGAGACAAGAAGACCACCGAGAAAAAAUCCAAUUAGGUGGGUCCAUGCAAAUGGCGAAUCCACCGGCUUGUCUUCGGCUUCAUUCGACCUUGUCUCCUUGGCUUAUGUGAUCCAUGAGUGUCCUCAACGAGCGACCAUUAACUUAGUGAAGGAAGCUUUCCGGCUGCUCCGUCCAGGAGGAAUGAUCGCAAUUACAGAUAACUCACCGAAAUCCAAGAAGCUCCAGGACUUGUCACCGGUCUUGUUCACACUGAUGAAGAGCACGGAGCCAUUUCUGGAUGAGUACUACACAUUAAACUUGGAGGAGACAAUGAGGAGAGUGGGGUUUGUGAAUGUGCAAUCGCUACUCACUGAUCCACGGCAUAGAACAGUGACCGGGACUGUCCUCCUCAGUUGAUGCUUGUAUAGAGUUGCAGAUUUCCUUUAUUUCUUUAUUCCCUUAUUUGUGCAUCCAUUGAUCCAAUUAGCUUAUCUAUGAGAUUUAAUACUCGUUGAUUGACAAAUUUGUCCAUGAAGACUCACAUUUACCUGUCUCCAUUGCUCAAGUUUUUUGGAGAGAUGUCUCUCUUUUAAUGUUUGAUACAAGGGAAUGUAUAAUAUAAGGGAGUGCAUUUUGUGAAA